GUAAAGUACGCGACGCCGAGCACCGCACGUAGUUGAGCGCAACGCCUUGUGUUGUUGCCAGGGCGGAUGAUUUGCUGGAGUGUGCGUGUGCGUGCCCUUCACUCCUUCCAUUCUUUUUCACUCUACUUCGAUAAUUAGAAGGACGUCUCGCUGUCGAUUAUUCCUAUAAAUAUAUUAUUUCCUGAUCUUUGCAUUUGCAAUGCUCCGUCGUCCGUUGCAGCUCUCCACCUUGAGUGGUGUGCUGGCCACGGCGGCCGCAGCGGCAGCAGCAGCCCCCCCGCUGUCAGCAGCCCUCCGCGGCGUGAAGCUGGUGAACCCUAUCGGCAAAACCGGCAGCCAGCACUACGGGCUGGAGCCGAAGCUGGAGGCCGGCAAGGACACGCAGCUGAAGCACACGGAGAUGUAUGAUGGCUACACCGACGACUUCGGCGUCUUCAAGGAAGGCCCGCCCGUCGCGCUGCGCCUCGAGUACGUUCGUUCGCCAGAGCAUGGCUUUUCGCAGGAUGUGCUGCAGAAAGACAUCUGGUCGCCCUUCCAGGUCGGGGCGAGUAUGAUGUCCUACACACCUCUCUACUACGACUGGAAGGGCUUCUCCAGCCGCGACUACUUCGGCCACCGCAGCGGCACAAACCCCGGCAGCAAGGUCACGAUGGGGCACUACAAGCGCGAUGAGCAGCGGUCCUGGGGUUAUCGGAUGCUGAUCAACCACAAGCCGCAGAAGCGCAUUCCGAAAUGGCUCGCCUGCGUCGUGCACAUCCCCCGCAAGAAGACAUUUCUUGGAUUCUUCCUCUACGCGAACGGGGCGUACGUGGCGGAGCUGCUGACCUACAAGCAGCUGCCCCGCAUUGUAUACAACAAGGCCUUCCAAGGGUGCCUGCCGACGCUCGGCCAGACCGUCGCGCUGACGGAGGUAACCUAUGGAAAGGAGAUUCACUCGGUCGAGAUGUACCCCGGGCACGGCGGCGUGCUCUGCCGGGCAAGCGGAACGGCGGCGGUGGUGCUGCGCGGGUCGGAGCCGGACCUCGUUCCGAUUCUUCUGCCGUCGAAGGAAGUCCGUCUCUUCGACAGCAACUGCCACGCCGUCUUUGGCCGCCGCGCCGGCGUCAUGUACAACAAGCAGCGCAACUUUAGUCGCCGCAGCGUCGAGGCGAACAUGCCACACCGCCCGCGGGUGCACUCCAAGACGAAGCGGGUGUCGAGCCACCCCGCCGGCGGCGGCAACGGCGGCUCACCGAAUCUGCUGGUCCCGCUGGACUGGCGCAUUCACCCGCGCAACUCCGUCAAGACGAAGUACUGGCUCUCUGGCUACAUCCUGCGCGGUCGGCAGUACAAUCGAAACCAAACGGUGGCGGACCUCAAGUCGAAGACGUAUAGCUGGGCGAACCGCGAUCCCGUGUACCGGUGA